AUGCCUCUGACUGGUGUCAAAAAUGUUGUGCUGGUCCUCUCCGGCAAAGGAGGCGUGGGCAAGUCCUCUGUUACCCUCCAACUAGCCCUCGCGCUAUCCCUCCAAGGCAAAUCCGUCGGAAUCCUCGAUAUCGACCUAACAGGACCCUCAAUGCCACGCCUCGUCGGCCUGGAAGAUGCCAAAAUCACACAAGCACCAGGCGGCUGGCUCCCAGUCCCAGUACAUGCUGCAGAGCCUGCAAACGAUGCCUCAGAGUCAACACAGACCCAGCGCGGGUCCCUCCGCUGCAUGUCCCUCGGCUUUCUACUUCGCGACCGCGGCGAUGCUGUCAUCUGGCGCGGACCCAAGAAAACAGCUAUGAUUCGCCAGUUCUUGUCGGAUGUCUUCUGGGGGCCGACUGAUUACCUGCUUAUCGAUACGCCACCCGGAACGAGUGACGAACACAUUGCGCUCGCGGAGCAGUUGCUCUCCCUCUCUACAACGGAUGCGGCGACGGCUGCGCAGGCUGGAUUACCUCGUUUAGCUGGCGCGGUGCUUGUUACAACGCCGCAGGCUGUUGCUACUUCUGAUGUGCGCAAGGAGGCUAAUUUCUGUGUUAAGACUAAUAUUCCCGUUCUUGGGGUUAUUGAGAAUAUGUCUGGCUAUGCUUGUCCGUGCUGUGGGGAGGUGAGUAAUUUAUUCUCCAGUGGUGGUGGACAGGUUAUGGCUCAGGAGCUCAAGAUUCCGUUCAUGGGCAGUGUGCCGAUUGACGUGAAAUUUGGGGAGCUGGUCGAGGGGAAGAUGGAGGCUGGGGAUAGUGAUGAUGAAGACCAGAUCGAAGCGCAAAACGCUCAACCGCAAGACACUGCUGAGCCUGAUGAUCGGCCCCUCGUUGAACGAUACCGGGACUGCUGGUCUUAUCCUCGGUUUGAGGGCUUUGCACAGACCAUUGUAGGCGGCAUUGAGGGAACAGCUGCUACGGCUUAG